AUGUUUGAACCUGCAGCGCUAGUAAAUUUAAAAGAUAAUAAAGAUGGAGUUGAGAUGAUGCUGCAAAAUAAGUUCCUAGCAAAGAAGUAGCAAGCUCAUAAAGAUAUAAUUGACAAUUAAAGGAGACUUUCAAUAGUUAACAAAAAUUAUGAAACUUAAUCCUCCUCUUUUCUUGCUAAUAAUGCAUCAAUAAUGACUACAGACUAUAAUCGAAUGAAUUAAACCUUAGAUGAAUCGAUUUUUAACUAUGGUUUAUCAGUAUCAGAUUACGAAUCUAUUCCUAGAGAAGAUUCACAAAUGAUGGUGACUUUAGUCAGAUAAAACUAGCAAGAAGAUAAUAUAAAGAACAUACCUCGUUCCAUUUACGUGAGUUCAAAAAAUAUCGAGGAGCGAAACCUCAGUCACUUGAGAACUAAGCUUAGAAAAAACAAAUUUGUUCAUCAUGAAUUCAAUUCAUUUCUGCAAAGCAAGUAAGGAAAGAAAUACUAUAAAGGGGUACACUUGCCGAAUCAGUAAUCACCAAGUAAAAUUGUUUCAUAUCAAUAACAAGAAGCUUAUGGGAUGAAUGAGAAUCAUUUGUAAAAAAUGCAGGAAGAGCAGUUAGAAAGGGAAAGUGAUGUUGAUGUGCUAGAUGUUAUCGUACCUCAUCAUCUAAAAUAUUAACAGUUCAACAUAUUUGCUGCCAAAAAAUUCAGUCGAAACAAAUCUGUAAAUUCAGAUAAUAAUAAGGCUAGCAUCUCUCAAAAUAACAUGAUGAAUUCAACGCAAUCCAAAUCUAGUCCAGAGGCUCAUUCUCUAUCACCUACAAAGAAUAAAUAGGUGGUGCUUAAAUCAAUUAAAAAGAUUUUCAAUCAGUUUAGAGAUCAGUUCAAUUUAAAUGAGGGUGUGGAUGAAGGGAAGAAAUUUGAUUUAGAGUAGAAUAAGAGAUUGAUGAAGAUAGCUGAUGAAGAAUUUAAAAAAUUCAUGCCUCAUUGGAUCUCUGGAAGUUUCUAGCAUUUCGUGCUAGUCCCAAAGAAAAAGGUAGAUAAAAACAAAUCAAGAUCCCAAUCAGUACUUAGUUAAAUACCACAAACAGAGAGAUUAGUAAAUAUAACAGUGACUUAGGAACAAAAUAACUAGUUGUUACAGAAAUCAGAGGCUAUACUUUAGAAAUAUUAAGCAAAUGCAGUUUCUCAAUUAAAUUCAACAACAUUGCUAAAACCACAGAUCAACAUUCUAAAUCCUUAAAUAAAUGGCUCCUCUAUGUUGGAGUAAAUAAAUGAAUAUGAAGAUAAGUACUAGAGUAAUACUUAGAGACCCAACACCAAGCAUCACACAAAAUCUCAUUUAAUGAGACCAGCAACUAAUAUGAUUAGAAAUUAAAGCUAAAUGAGAUCCAGAGGCGGAUCAGUCAGAGACAAUAAUAUUACAGCUGAAUCAGAUAAAAUGAUGAAGUAUAGUAACAAUAAUGAGAGUGAGGAUGAAAAGCAAAAGAUCAAUAAUCAAUUGAAUGAUACUUAGUUCUCUGGAUCUUUUGGCAAAUAGAUUACAAUGAAUAUUAAGCACAUGAAUUGGAAAUAAAAGCUACAGUACAGAAAAAAGAAAAGGCAGUUGUAAAACAAAGGUAAUAUAUCUUCGAAUGGUGCAAGUAGUCAUGGUCCUCUGACAAAAGAAGAAAUUCAAAAAGCCAUUUAAGAUUAGAAUCAAAGGAUUGCAGAUAAACUGAAAAUGGAAGAGGAGAAAUUUAAGAUGAAUAGAAUAGACUUCGUAUCCAUAAAUAAAACAAAAGUCAAAGAGCAAUCUGAGAUGAUAAACCAAUAAAAUAACUCAUAAAGAAAUGAACCAGAACAUGAAGCAAACUAAACAUAGUCUCACAGUAUCUCAAUAUUUGAACCCUUGCAGACAAAAAUGUCAGAGUCAAUUUUCAAUUAAAGAAAGCAGACUAUCUAAGUCACUCCAAUCAGAGCGAAUCAUAGCAAGCAUAAUUGCCUAUCAAAAUAAAAACCAGAGCAUCAUAUAUACUCUAACUUGGAAUUUAAAAGUUUGAUUAAUAAAUGCAGAGAAAUUGAUUUGCCUGAUUUUCCAAAGCUCUCUAAGUAGUAUGCUGACCUUGACUAGCAUAUUAUUAGAGAGGAGGAACUAAAAAGUCUUGAGUUAAUAAAAGCAAUUGAUACUUGCCUAUUGGCCUAAGUUGAAGAUAAGAAUUAACUUUUGCCCUCCCUUUAAGAUGCUAUUUCUCAAAAUAAGUUGCAAGAAAGUGUUACUAUAGAUACUUUCUUGGAUUAAGACAUGAUAGCUAAGAAUAGAGAGGAAACUGAUCAAAGAAUUGUGCUGAUGAGAAAUUUGAAGGUUGGAACACAAAAAUUAUGGAAGCCAGAUAAACUUAGAGUAACCAAGCAUCUUAAGAUGAAAUUCGCAUUUCUUAAUGAGUAAUGA